AUCAUUAUAUCUUAAUGGCCUUUGCCAUAGCAUACAAAGUGAACGUUGUAAUCAUCCGUGCAGAUAAAAGCUCAUUGCUUUACGAGCCGGAAAAACCUGAAAUAAACCAGUCAGUCAGGUUUCUGACCUUCAUUCCGCCGCAGUAUUAUUAUGCGACCUUUAGUGACCCUCAGGCAACCCAAGACGAGAACGCCGGCCUGAAAUUCCUCACGGAUCAGAUUUAUCAAACGGAUUUGCUGAAGGACGCGAAAGACAGAUGGCAAACAAAUGGAUACGCUGAAUACAAGAAAAAUCUUGAAAACAUAUUGCCCCGGGAAUUACCGUAUCAGGUCUCCGAUCGCAGUAGAAAUAUCUCAGUAUCUGAACUGGACAAAAAGGCUAGCGGAUUGAGGCAAAGAGGUAGCAAGUCAAGAGGAGAGAAAAAGAAAAUUGAACAUUUUGCCCUCAUGGAAGCUGUUUGAGUCGUAUACCCUGAAAGCAAAUAUGUAUAUCUUAGACAAAACGUUUUUGCUGAGACGAAAAUAGACGAUGUGUAGUCUAUAGAAGUAUUUUAUCAUUCUGGGAAUGCCACUGAAAAUAUCCUGCUCGCGCUAAAGGGAAUAGCCAGUGUUUUUAACUGCACAAUUCCCGAUAAUAGUAAUGAUUGAGGAUUAUUUAUCUGAUAUCGUCUUAUGCGUGCAUAAACUUCGACACGGCGUGUUCACUCGAAGAUUUGGCAAGCAAGGUCACCAGUCACGAUGCUUUUUACGUUUUCAAGUACAGUUCGAUAUUUAAUCUCUGUUUGACAUUUUGCUGAUGGAACGGAAAAAAUCUUGGCAAAAACACUCGCUAUAGAAUAAGCCCAGAGGACCGCACACAUCGGACUUUUUUGGGAUAUUACAAUUCGGAAAUGAAUCGUUUCAGCAGCUGGGAUUUGCGGGCAAGAAUUCCUCAGAAUGUUCCAGCCCUUCUAUGUCUUCUUUAAAAAAAGUGAUUCGGGUAAUAACGUCUCGAAAUUUACCCUGCGGAUUGCCAAAUCUCGUCCGAUGUGUGUGACCUCUUUAUUGAUUCAUGCACGAAGACUGUGUAUGUCUAACUGUGUAUAUCUACGUGCAGAUAAAGAGAAAGUUCAUAACCCAUUCAAGGGCAUAUCACAUGCAGAAGUAGGUCACACGAUCCAAUUGUCGGAUUCAAUUCACUUCAGAUGAAUAUUUUACAGGCUGAUUGCAUGCACGAUCACGCUUAGUCGAAGUAUAAAAGAAGAAGAAUAUGAUUUUAAUGUAUUGAAAUGAGAAUAUAACAUGAUUCUGGAAGUGGUGUGUAGUCGUCCAGACAAUAGCCUGUGUUUGUUUUAUUUCAUAACGACUUAUUUCAAUACCUGAAAAUCAUAUCGUGCGUCGUUGGAUCUUGGUUAUAAACUGUACACAUGAAAAGUUGUAGUGUAGGGUACUUAGCAGAAAAUCAACAAAGGCCAAAAUACUACGGACUACAUGCUAUACGUCUCAGCGAAUAUAUAAUUAUACUCCACGCUGUUCGUCACUUGUGUGUUGACAAUUGUGCAAAAGCUAUCGCAGCGAAAACGUGCAUUUCAAAAUUGGCGAAGAUGAAAAUCGACGAAGCUGUUGCCGUUGUUACUGGUGGUGCAAGAGGCAUUGGAUUUGCGAUAACCCGGGCACUGCUUGCACACAGGGCAAAGAAGGUUAUCUUUGUUGACGUGGAUGAAGAACAAGGUAAAUUGGCUGAGAAAGAUCUGAAAGACGCUUUCGGUGAAGAUCACGUCUCCUUUUUCAAAUGUGAUGUCACAAACGGGGCUGAAUUUCAAAGUGUCGUGAAGAAAAUCUCCGAACAAAAUGAUGGAAUCAAUAUAUUUUGCAAUAACGCUGGGGUUUUGGACAAUGAGGACUGGAGACGAAUGAUUGAUAUCAAUUUGACGGCGAUGAUCCAUGGUACGAUGAUCGCAAUAGAUUUACUGGACAAACAAAAAAAUGGACACGGAGGAGUAAUUGUGAACAUUGCUUCAUUAGCAGGACUUAUUCCUUAUGAAUUUUCACCCGUGUACGCUGCAAGCAAGCACGGGGUUAUUGGUUUUACCAGAAGUGUCGUUCAGACUUCGCUGGAUAAAGGCAUUCGUUUAAAUCUCAUUUGUCCAGCAUUUGUGAAUACACGAAUGACCACAGGUAUCACCGAUGUUGCCUGGGUGAAAAUGAUUCAGGAUGUUGGCUGUGUCACACCUGAUCUCGUUGCGAAGGCAUUUCUUCAACUUGUCAAAGACGACAGCUGUAAUGGACAAGCUCUGAGAGUAACUCUUCAAAAUGGGAUUGAUUUUCAUUCGUUUCUUGAAGUUAGCGAUCUUGUUGAGAUCGAGUCGAAUCACACUUAAAUUUUGUUAUAAAAGUAUAUAUUGCUUCCGUGAGGCGUUUCGAAAAUAUUUUGGGGUAAGGUGUCGGAUACUUUAGGAAGUGUAAAUUCAGACGUUUAAUACUGGCUUAUCCGUAGCACCACUUGGCAAAUGUCCCGCACAAAAUUCCUGACCAGAUUAAACACCUAAAAUACCCCCUACGUCUGUGGUUUAUCUGUAGCUUAGUUUAGCACGUUAGUUCAUAUCGUAGAAUUUGCUACGGUAAAGUGGAACUAAGGCCCGGGUGGUUGUUUCGCGUAGAAAAAACUCGGAUUCCAUUUGUUUUUGCUUAUACCAAGAAAAAUCUCAAGGUCAAGGUUAAUAGUCCACGUAAACACCUCGCGUUUAUUUUCCCUCGUAAUUAAUCAAAGCAGAGCCAAGCGCGGCGGGAAACGAAUAAAGUGCCGACGACCGUCUUCGAAACUAAGCAAUCGAAAAUGAAAUGGUUGAAAAAUGACUUCUUUUUCACGCUCUUCGUGUUUGCGAUCCUUUCUUUGGUGAAGGUAAGAUAUUCAGCCUAGGUCAAGUAAAAGAUAUUGAAUUUAAUUCACUUUUUUUCAUAACGACUCCUGAACUGUCCCACACUUAUGCGUACUACCACGCACGCACGCAGUUCGAAAUGCGUUUAAAAUUGCCCAAUUUCUGCGUCUAUCUCGCCGCGAUAAAUUAGCGUAACGUCCGCGUAUUUUUAUAACACAUAUGGUUUAACCAAUUAUCGCAUUAUUGUGUGGUCCUACUGGUUAUUAACUAAACUAACAAAGUGUUUGUAAGUAAGGUUUUGUCACGAGUAACUACGCUCUGUUAGAAAUAGCGACCAAAGUAGUUUUACUUGGAAAUCACUUUGAGAUGUGACCGAAAUGGCGAUAAAAAGUCCCCAACUGAUAACCGCGGUAUCUUAACUUAAGUUGUUUUCUAAGAUCUACAAGCAGCACCGUGUCCAUCUUGGGAUAAUCGCCUGCUGUAGGAUUUUGACUUCAGUCCGUGAACAAAAUACCGAUUGACACUGGUAUGCACAGGGCAAUAUAUCAUUUUAGCUAAAAUAAUGUACGUGACUGUUUUGCCAUCUCACCGAUUUUAGUUGCUUUUGUUGGGGCUAAAACUUUGUAGAUCAAUUCUCGUUCUGGUAUUUAAUGCUUAAAGACCGGCCCAUUCAUGAAAUACUUAUGCAUAUGUCUGUUCAGGAUGUUUGCAAUGCUGGGUAAAUGCCGAUAUGCAUUUUUGGCACCGACCGUCUCGAGUGCUUAAGCGGAAACGCCAUCCAGAAAUACAGUUUGUUAUAAAUCUUCAAUUACAGUAAUUGUUUCGCCGUUUCUACCUUGCGGUCAAUGAAAUGAAAAAUCGAGGACAGAGUGAGUCCAUCUUUCACUUAAUAUUAAUCAGUCGUAUACUGCAUGCGCUCAGUGCCAAGGGCAAAAGUUAGCCUGUAAAUUUAUAAAAGCUGUGACAACCAUAAGAUAUAUAUAGUCUCAUUGAACGACCUUACACAGUUACACAUGAAUUGAAGGGAUCGGGAUCUCUUACAUGGUCAUGAUUAUGUCCCACAGUUGAUGGUAUGUUAACCGCGAGUUUGAUAAUAAGGUAAUGUUGAUUUUUUCAAACUUUACGAGGUGAAUGAAUAAAUAAGUUUUCUCCCUGGCUGUUGUACACAAUGACCCGACGUCAAAGAGCUACAUGAUGGAGUGUUUUCAAUACCCCACAUGAGAAAUUCCUUUUCGCUCGCUGCUGGAAAAAAUGUUUUCGAGUUUUCAUCGCAGGAUACGUAACCUCCCUUUGCGCAUGUUCCGGCGGAGUAUUCACAAAGCCUGCGGCAAAAAUUAGGUUUUGUCUACAGCUGUACGCAGCAGAAUCUUCAAAGUUGCGUAAAAAAUAAAGCCCAUCAGCGAUGACAGCCAACACAGACUGCUGUUUUCAUUUUGAGCUUUUUUAUUUGCAAAUGUUUGACCUAUAGCUUUUUAAUUAAUUAAGACCAGCGUGAGGGAACAUCACGGAAUGAUUUUCCCGCCUUAAGGUGUUCAAAUGGGCUUGAAUAUAAUGUAUAACAUCUGAUUCAGUUUUGAGCAAAACGCAGUGAUUUAUAUCCCAUAUUUCCAUCG